CCACUACUCUCUCCAUCUUUGCUUCAUUCAUUUGUUUUCUGUAGCUCCUACUCUGUUACUUUGUUAGGUCACCUGGCUCGUCAUUUUUAUUGCCUUUACCACAAUUUUUCUUUAUUUUUGAGGGAAGGGUGUAUAUGGAAGCUCAACAGGAUUUUGAUCAUCGAAUCUUGAUCAUCAGAGGCAAGCGUACCAAGCGUCAAAGAUCAUUGUCCUCGUUCGGUGUCACCGUGACUUCUAGCUCGUCAAGUGCUUGCGGCGGUGGACUGGCGGAGGAAUACAAUUCAAUAUCGUCUCCAGUGACUUCCGGUGAGAGCACAGAGGAGGAAGAAGACAUGGCUAAUUGCUUGAUCAUGUUAGCACAGAGUGAUGGUCCGAAAAGAAGCAAUAUUGGAGAGAUGGUUACUGCGACUACAAACAAGGCUGGAGCUUAUGCGUACGAGUGUAAAACUUGUAACCGAUCGUUCCCGUCGUUCCAAGCACUAGGAGGGCACAGGGCAAGCCACAAGAAGCCCAAGGGGAAUGAGAAAAAACAGCUUGUUUCGGCAGUCAAAGAUCAAGUUGUUGAAGACGCUGAUCAACUCAACAGAGAAAACCCUGCACUUGUUACUUUACAAGUAAGUAACAAUAACAGCAAGGGUAAUUGCCAUGGGAACAAGGGUAAUAAGAUUCACGAGUGUUCAAUCUGUGGCUCUGAAUUCUCGUCCGGUCAAGCCCUCGGAGGCCACAUGAGACGGCACAGGGCGGCUGCAAGCAAUCAAGCUGGCGUGAGUGUUGACACUAGUAGCAGUCCAAUUGAGUCCAGAAAUGGCGAUGGAAUCAAGCCUAGAAAUAUUCUCCAACUGGAUCUUAAUCUUCCUGCACCAGAAGAUGAUCCACGGGAUUCCAAGUUCCAAUUCGGAGCACCCCAACAAGCUAUUGUUUUCUCCACACCAGCUUUGGUAGAUUGCCAUUACUAACUUACAAAAAAAAAA